AUGGAAAAGCGUUUACUGGUGAGAGCAGUGAUGGGAGCACUCAACCCUGCAGACAUUGCCACCAAGAGACUCAGCGCAGCAAGGCUCGAAUCUUUAUGUUAUUUUUUGGGUAUUUGGAGAGGAAACAAUCUCGAAGGAUCACAUGACCCAGGAAACAUUUUCAGACAUCUCACAAAUCAACGACAACAGGGCCACAGCCAGGCACAGAUCAACCUUUUGAUUAGCGCCUUGAGCGUGCUUACUCAGCUUCAAGGGUGUUCUGACGCCAUGGAUUCUUUGGCAACUGGAGGAUGUUUCUUCAAUGCCGUGUUUUUGUUCACAUGGCUGCUAGGUUUGAUUGGCUACAUUUACCUGGCCAUCCGCCCUGGUGAACUCUUGAAGAAUUUUGAUUUUGUGAGCGACGCUGAGACUUCGAGCACUGGUGCCACAGAGGAUCCAAUGGACAACAGCUCAAGCAGCGAUGCCUCUGACCAUCCAGCUUGGUCCGAAGAAGGCAUGGUUCACUGGCUUUAUGAGCGACGUGAGAGGAGGCUGCAAAAGGCUGUUACAAAACAGGAUCCCACAAAGACAAAUCAGUAUUUGGCCCGACAGGGUAUUCUGAGUGACAUGUUGGCUGCUUUGGAGGUGGCCACAGCAGAAACCAGGGGCCACAUCAAACAGGUCCUUGAGGACAUCACGGAUUUGUCAAGUGAUGAGGACUCACCCACUAUGAACACUGGUGGCCAUGACAUAGCUCUGAAUUCUGGAGUUCCGACAGGUAUUGCCACAGCUUUUGUGCAUGGAGUAGCUAGCUGGUAUGACCCUUUGUGGAUGCGACUUCGGCGACAUCGAGAUCCCCAACAACAGCAGUGUGAUCCCUUUCACAACUAUGGUCUUGACUGCAUGGUCCUUGGCACUUGGCCAGUGUACUUCCCACCAACAACUUUGGCGGCACAUGCAGCGGAAGCUGAGCCUCAGGUCAAUGAGGACUUGCAACUUGAAGGGAGCCUGCUGGUAGCCCUGCGGAGGAUCAAUGGUCGACUGGAAAGGGCACAGCGGAGAGGCAACAUUGGGCAAGGCAUGAAGUACAUGCAAAGCCGAACAUGGUUGCUGAGCUGUGUGGCUCACUAUGCCAACUGCAGUCCCCAGGAGAGACUGCGCAUGGCAGAGGUGAUCAAGGACACCGGGAACCUCAGUGAGGACGACGAGUCCCCGCAGCAUGGCAUGGGGAACGACGAAAGACAUCUCCAAUUGGCCGAGGCAGACAAAGCCUUCCGUGCCAUCAUGGCCCUCCUUGAGUAUGACAGGUUCGAGGAGGUGACAAAGCUGGUCGGACAGCUUGGAGGAGCACUCCGUGAGGUGGUGCCAGAGAGUUCCAAGUCCGAUGAGGAGAUGGCCGAGGAGACGCCAGCGGAAAAAGCACAAAGGUAUAUGAACUGUGGACAGUCUGAGGCAUCAGACCCUGACCUCUGGGCGGACAUACACUACGGCCCGAGAAACCGCCGAGAUGUGACACAGCCCGAGGAUGAGACGGAACUGCAAGAGUUCUGCACUUUCGCCGUGGUCCUUUGCAAGGAACUGCUAGCCAAAUUGCCAGCUGCGUUCGGUGUGCUAGAUGGCAGGAGGCUUGGGUUGCAUUUGCCAAACUUCCUGCGCGAUCUCUUCAAGUUGAUCUGGCCAUUUGCAAUGCGGCGGUUGCUGCAGUCGGAAAGGGGUCCGAAUGGUCACGAGCAGUUGCAGCCGUCUCCGGCAUCCAAAGGCUUGCCUUGGAAUGUGACAUCAUUUCAGCCAACUCGGCAAUCUCCGCUUGUCGGAGCCGCUGGAGCGCUGCGCUGCAGCUGGUCUUUGGAACUGUGCUUCAAGGGCUGCAAAGAGAUUCCAUCACGUGGAACGCAGGCGUCAGUGCUUGCAGACCUCGCUGGUCGACUGCAGUGGCACUUGCUUCCCACAGCUCGCGCAGCAUUCGUGUGUUGCAACACUGCUCUUGGGGCCUUGGUGAACUCAGCAUGUUGGGCGCAAGCGCAAGAAUGCCUCGAGGACGUGGCUGCCGAUCCCGUGGCUUUCAACGUGCUCCUGGCAGAGGCUCAGAAUGCGCAGGACGCCCUGCGACUGUUGGAACAGAUGGGCAACCUGGCGCUGCGGCCAACGCUGGUCACACUGAAUUCAGGAAUCAGUGCUUGCCACCGUGGAAGCCUCUGGGAGAUGUCCUUCAACUUGCUGUCGGACUUACUUUCCUCCGGGGAUCUCAGGCCAGAUCCCAUCACCUGUGCCGCGACUCUUAGUGGCUGCGAGAGGUCGCAGCAGUGGCAACAGGUCACAAAAGUUUUGCAGUGCCUGCGGACCGUGUCUCCUGAUGUCGUGGUCUUCCAAACGGUUAUUAGCACUGCGGCCCAAAGCCAGCAGUGGACCUCUGCUGUCAGUUGGCUACGACAGCUGAGGAUCAGAGGAAUCAUUGCUACCACCUCUGCAUACAAUGCAGCUAUGAAUGCUUGCGACAGAAGUCGCUGGUGCUGGUCUACAGAAUUGGUUUACUCAAUGAGGCAGUCGGCCUUAGUCCCAGACAUCCUUUCCAGCACUGCAUUGAUGAGCAGCCCAUGGCCGUCAGCCUUGCGGAUGCUACAGGCAUUCUCCAUGAUGAUUUUGCAGCCAGAUGAGCUUGCCGGCACGGCAAUUCUCAGGACUUUGUCAAGUAGCGUUUGUUGGCAGCAUGCCCUGCUGGUCGGAAGCAGCUUUCCGGACGCGCGGGAUGGCCUCGCCUGUGCUGCGCUGGUGACUGCUUGUGAGGCUUCGGCGGUGAGAGUGGCGAUGCCAACAUUGUUGGAUGAAGCCAUGCAGACUGCCAUGAAGAGCGUGCCUGGGACCAUGGCAUCUGAGAAAACCCGCAAGCCGCCCGGCAGCGAGGCCAAUGCCGAUCGAUGGAAAUCGGUCCCACGCUGUUUCCGUGAGGUGCGAUGUCCUUAUCCAAAGGGUCAGACGAUCGGCAGCGUUUUUGGCGCCAUCAACUAUUCCGUUUGUGGACCAGAAAAUGGAGAGGUGGUCAUGUGCUUUCACGGGCUCAACGGCUCCAGGAUGCUCUUCCAGGAGAUUGCUGUGUACUUGGCACGGCAUGGAGGCUUCCGAGUGGUCACCUUUGACUUGUAUGGCCAUGGUUUGAGCAAUGCACCACCUGUGGAUUUGUGCCCCAGCAGAGCUUGCUCCUCUUGCUGUCUUCCCGGCUGCUGCUCCCUCAGCGGAGCAAGAGCAAGGUAUGAUCUUGAAUGUUUUGCGGAGCAGACCGCAGAGCUCCUGUCAUCCAUCGGCCUGGCAGCUGCGCGCGUGAACCUCUUGGGUUUCAGUUUGGGAGGUGCCGUGGCCAUGGCCUUUGCCAAAAGAUUUCCUGAGAGGGUCAUGCGAAUCGCGGCAAUUUCACCUGCUGGAUUCGUACCGCGGGUGCCACCCUUGUACUAUUUGCUACGGGCCUGCUGGUGCUGUUUGAUCCCACUUGCACCACAUGUUGUGUGCACGUGUUGGUACAAGAAGGAGAGAUUCACCAGGUCACUCAAAAAAGAUCCGCAAAUGCAGGGAAUGGGUGAGCAAGCAGUCACGAAUCUGUGGUCGAGAUUCGUAUGGCAACUCUUUGUGAAGCGAGGAGUGGCUGGUGCAACACUGGCAACCUGCAGCAGGGUGAACUGGUUCAACCUGAGCCAUUUAUACAAUGAUGUGGGCAGGCACCCCAGACCAACUUUGCUCCUUUGGGGCGAAAGAGAUGGACUGAAUCCACCCGCCACCGUGGGCCAGAAGGUGGCUGGAUAUUUCUCCAAUGCCAAGUUGCUGGUGAUACCCCAAGCUGGCCAUAUUGCCUUGUGCGACCAGCCUACGGAGGUCCAUCCGCGUAUCUUACGUUUCUUGUCUCUUCCAGAGAACACUAGCCUGAACCUCAGAAGGGCAGCAGAGGAGGUGUCUAUGUGGCUGCGGCUCAAAAAUUCUUGA